AUGGCUACCCCAGAUAUUGGCAAGCUAGACCUAUCAGAAUCAGACAAUGAGGAUCUUUUUGCAUCCCCCUCCAGACCUUCAAAAUCGAAAUUAAAGGCACCAAACAAAACUGCAGAGAGCAGCGGGCCGGCGCAUAGAAGUGGAGGAUCAAAAUAUGAUGCUGAGACAGCAAGGGAAGCGGCUCUGCAGAAGGAAUUAGAAGGAGUACGCAAUAUCAAUGAACUUAUAGAAGGAGUGCUGGGCAGCUUAGAUCUUGCCAAAGGAAACAUGGAUACAGUUUCACAAACAGUCACAUCAGCCUCAACGCUGCUUAAUACAUGGAUUCGCAUACUAUCGCAGACGGAACACAAUCAAAGGUUGAUCCUAAAUCCGAAUUGGCGAGGUGCAAGUCAGGACAUUGCAGAUAUGGAGAAUGAGCAGGUGUUGAAAGCUCAAGCUGCUGAACGUCGAGCAGCGGAGGAGGAGCGAAGAAGAGAAGCUGCGAGGCAAAGAGCGGAGGACGAGGAACGGCAAAGACAAGCCGGCACAACAGCUCGUGGUAGUAGGGGAGGGAGAGGCAGGACUAGAGGAGGGUUGUCAAGAACUGGAAGUGUUAGCUCGUCAGGAUAUGGUCGUGGAAGUUCGACAGGUUCAAGCACAGGCACUGGCAGAGGUGGGUCAGGUAUUGGCCGAGGUAUCCCACGAGGAAGAGCACGAGGCUUACGAUAA